ACUCUCGGCCCCGCGCCGCUGCCACGCACGCCGCUUGCAGCUGCCACCGGGGACCCCACAACACUGCACAGCCGCACAGCCUUGUGGGGUUUGGCGCUGCGGGCGCCGCGGCGCCGCGACCCCCCGCAGGGCUGGGCCGGGCUGCAUGAGGGCCACGCAAAGAACCUCAUUUUGUUCUCGUCGGGACAGCGGCCGUGA